AUGGUUGAAAAUGAAUCUUUCAAUUAUGAUAGAUUAAAUCGUAGAAUAUCUCAAAUGAAUUCAUCAAUUAAUCCGAUUAAUAUAAGACAACGUACAAGUAUAGCAUGGAGUCGACAACGGCUUAUAACAAAAGAUGGAAAUAUUAAUUUUCGAAGAUUACAUAUUGGAAAUCGUAUUCGUUAUUUAAAAGAUAUUUUCACAUCAUUAUUAGAUUUACCAUGGAUAUGGAUAUUAUUUUUAUUUGUUUUUUGUUUUGUCAUAUCAUGGAUUUUAUUUGCUAUUAUUUGGUAUGUUAUUAUGAUUAUUCAUGGUGAUUUUUCAAAUAAAACAUUAAAUAUAACUGAUGAUAAUUAUAUUCCUUGUGUUGCUGGUGUUAAAUCAUUUAGUGGUGCACUUCUUUAUUCAAUAGAAACUCAACAAACAAUUGGUUAUGGAACUCGAGCAGUAACUGAAAAAUGUACAGCUGGAAUUAUUCUUGUAAUAACUCAAAGUUGUUUUGGUCUUUUAAUUCAAGCUUUAUGGGUUGGUCUUGUUUAUACAAAAUUAUCUCGUCCACGAAAACGUCGUCAAACAUUAAUCUGGUCACAACAAGCUGUCGUUUCACUUCGUGAUGGACUUUUAACAUUACAAUGUCGAUUAGGUGAUAUGCGUUAUAGAUCAACAUUAGUUGAAGCUCAUAUAAGAAUGUAUUAUGUUUCAAAACGUCAAACAAAAGAAAAUGAAAUAAUUCCACUUCAAUUAACUGAUAUGGAUGUAGGUUUUGAUGCUGGAAAAGAUAGAUUAUUUCUUAAUUGGCCACUUAUUAUUGAACAUAAAAUUGAUAUGCGAAGUCCAUUAUAUACAAUGGAUAAAACGACAAUUUAUACAGAAAAAUUUGAAAUUUUACUUGUUCUUGAAGGAAUUAUUGAACCAACUGGAAUGGUUACACAAGCUAAAACUUCUUAUCUACCUGAAGAAAUAAUUUGGGGAGCAAGAUUUGAAAGAAUGAUUCAUUUUGAUAAUCUUUGUUAUACUGUUGAUUAUUCAAAAUUUAAUUCAAUUAUUAAAGAUAAUUGUACAACUGAUUGUUCAGCUAAACAACUUCAAGAACAAAUCAAUAAUAAUUAA